CAUCCAGUUGGGCAUUUGUCACUCUCGCACGAAUUCAGACUUGAGGACCUAUAUGGGGUCCGAAAAGCCGUUAUUGCUUAGUGCGGCGCAUUUCCGCGAGCGUGUGUAAACCGUUGACUAAUCGCCUGUAAUGUCCGAAAAUGACCAAUUUCCUUCCUGAGCAACUUACAUAUAUACUGAUUGGGCGAUGGUUCUGUCACCCAAGUACACAAAGGUGCCUGUAACUUUGGUCGGUGUUAGGAACAAUGUCUUCUAUGUCUGUAAUGUUGGAGCGCACCGUACGGUUUCUGAUCACGGAAUCUCGCAAUGUGCGGACUCGGCAUCUCCUCCAGCAUCUUGAACAUGGCGAUUCUUCGACGCAGCUACAGAUCAUGAGACAGCUGCUUUGCAUUCGGUCUCCGCAUCCAAGAUUGCCUCCCAAUGUCUUGCGGGACAUCCAUGAUAUCUUGAUUCACGAACGGAGUCGUCGCGUGCUCACGCCAGUGAGCAGCACAUCCUGUGUGGCUUCCAUUCCUCGAGAGAAUAGCCGGCCACCCGUAAGAAUAAGACUAUGGAAAGGCGACAUAACCACUCUGGCGCCCGGCACAACAGCUAUUACCAACGCAGCAAAUUCUCAAAUGCUCGGCUGCUUUCAGCCUACACACCGAUGCAUCGACAACGUCAUCCACUCUUGGGCAGGCCCACGCUUACGACAAGAGUGCUUCGACAUUGCUUCCACGAGACAAGACCAGCAGGACGCUCUGCCCGUGGGUGACGCUGUUACUACACAGGCAUAUUGCCUGCCGUGUGACUAUGUAAUACACACCGUCGGACCACAGCUUGCGCGGGGUUCGGAACCGGACGACAUGGAGAGACAUCAGCUCAGCCAGUGCUACUACUCUGUCCUCGAUGAGGCAGAGAGAUUACCAGAGACUGCAGAAGGGAAAAGCGUGGCUCUUUGCGGUAUCUCGACAGGGCUGUUCGCCUUCCCGGCUAAACUUGCGGCGAGUAUCGCGGUAGAUACAGUUGCGGCUUGGUUUGCACAUCAUCCUGAGGCUUCGAUCUCGGACGUCGUCUUUGUGACGUAUACCGAGGAUGACUAUGAGAUAUACGAUGCCCUGCUCAAACGAGCUCGGCCUACCUGGACUGUGUGUACCCAGGAACCUGCGAAAGGGAUUUCACUCGGCAGUCCUACAAUGGAAAAAGCUCGCGCCUGGCUCGCCGAAGCCGACACUAUCAUUGUCAGCGCAGGAGCUGGUCUCUCUGCUGCAGAUGGUCUCGACUAUACCUCUCGGACUUUGUUCCGGGAGCAUUUCCCAGCGUUUCUCCAAUACGAUCUUGAACGCCUGUACGACGUCUUUGGCUUCGUCAACUGGCCUUCAGAUCGGGUCAAAUGGGGCUACUUCUUUACACACCUAGACAUGGUGAGCAACUGGCCGCAAUCCCAGCUGUACAGGCGACUCCUUGGUUGGCUGGAUUCCUAUGGCCACAAUGCUCAUGUCAGGACGUCGAAUGCAGAUGGCCUCUUCGUUGCGAAUGGCUGGGACGAGUCAAGGUUGUCUACACCGCAAGGGCAAUACUACUACUUCCAAUGCCUGGCAAACUGUACGCCAGAUUCGUACUGGCCGUCGAGACCAUUUCUCGAACAGGCGCUGCCUCUUAUUGACCCAGUUACACAAUCGUUAAAAAACGACUCUGCUGUACCCAGAUGUAAGAACUGCGGCGGCGACUUGUUUAUCUGUGUUCGCGCCGCGAAUUGGUUCAACGAGAGGCCCUAUCGAGCUGGGGAGGCGCGCUGGCAGAAAUUCAAGAGGCGCGUCUUGAGUGGUGGAGGAAAAACCGUUGUUCUUGAACUAGGCGUGGGCAUGAACACUCCGGGUGUUCUCAAAUGGCCUAACGAGGACCUCGUUCGACAGGGGAACCGGCAGGUGAAGCUCGUUCGGUUGGCGGUGGGAGAGCAUGCGGAGGUGCCGUGGGACUUGGAAGAGGCAGAGUUGGCAACCAGCAUUGAUGGCGAUAUCAGUCUUUCCCUGCCUCAAAUCCUUCCGAGUGGCUCUCGAUAACACUAGGAUGGCGGAAUGAUGUACGUUGUGAUACUAGCGGAGGUCCCAUAGUCCCGUGUUGAGCGGGUAUAGUACUGGGACAGAGGUCUGAGUACAGGUCAUUACAACAGGGUAGGCCAUGCUGAAGUUGGUUGUACUCGAAUUCCGGUCCUACGACUGUAAUUGUAUGUUGAAAGUAUAGUUGUAUGUACAACUGUAGCACAAAUAAC